AUGGGAUGUACGCUGUCGAAGGAGGAACGCGACGCUUUAGAACAGAGUCGCAAUAUUGACAAAAAACUCAAGGAAGAUGGGAUGCAGGCUGCUAAGGAUGUUAAACUCUUGCUCCUUGGCGCUGGUGAAUCAGGCAAAAGUACUAUAGUGAAACAAAUGAAGAUUAUUCAUGAGGGUGGUUUCACGCAGGAAGAUAACAAGCAGCAUAAACCUGUUGUCUAUAGUAAUACCAUCCAAUCCAUGGCCGCCAUUCUACGUGCUAUGAAUACUCUGGGCAUUCCGUUUGGCGAUCCCAUCCAAUGCCCCGAGGAUGCAAGAGUGGUGAGUGAUGUCAUCCAAGCCAUGCAAGAUACAGAACCGUUCUCAGAAGAGCUUUUAGAGGCUAUGAAACGCCUAUGGGCCGAUCCUGGGGUGCAACAAUGCUUCGUCCGAUCCAACGAAUAUCAGCUCAACGACUCUGCUAAAUAUUUCCUUGACGAUAUUGAUCGACUGGGAGCGAAAGACUACCGUCCAACAGAACAAGAUAUCCUUCGAACACGUGUUAAGACUACUGGCAUUGUGGAGGUUCACUUCCAGUUUAAGAAUAUGAACUUCAAACUCUUUGACGUGGGGGGUCAGCGCUCGGAGCGAAAGAAGUGGAUUCACUGUUUCGAGGAUGUGACAGCAAUCAUUUUCUGCGUCGCCAUGAGUGAAUAUGACCAGGUACUUCACGAGGACGAGACCACCAAUCGAAUGCAGGAGUCCCUCAAACUCUUCGAUUCCAUCUGCAAUAACAAGUGGUUCACCGACACCAGCAUAAUUCUCUUCCUCAACAAGAAGGAUCUCUUUGCUGAGAAAAUCAAACGCUCGCCUCUCACUGUCUGCUUCCCAGAGUAUCCUGGAAAGCAAACUUACGAGGAAGCGGCAAUCUAUAUUCAAGCUUCCUUCGAGGCUAAGAAUCGAUCUCAGAACAAGGAGAUCUACUGUCACCAGACCUGUGCCACGGAUACCAAUAACAUCCAAUUCGUCUUCGAUGCAGUGACCGAUGUUAUCAUUGCGAACAAUCUUCGAGGCUGUGGUCUUUAUUAA